AGUGUAUUAUUUUAGUCCUGUCUUAAACUACAAUCGUAUCUUAUAUUUUUAAUUAUUUAUAUUGGAAAGUAUCAGUACAAGAUGGUCAGUUCCGGUAUUAAAAAGGGCAAGAAGCAACCUGCUCCUGCGCCGUUGCUUGGUGCGGGUAAGCCUGUGGAUGCAAAAGAUCCUAAUUUUGAAAAAGCACCACGUGACUUUGGGAUAGGUCGUGCCAUAAGACCUAGAGUUAAUCUUUCUCGUUAUGUCCGUUGGCCCAAAUACAUUAGGGUGCAGCGUCAACGCAGAGUCUUAUUGCAGAGGCUUAAGAUUCCCCCAGCCAUAAAUCAGUUUAACUACACAAUCGAUAAAAGUCAGGCUGUUCAGUUGUUGAGAUUGUUGAGCAAAUAUAAACCAGAGACAAAGAAGGAGAAAGCUGCCAGAUUAUUGAAGGAUGCUGAGGCUAUUGCAUCUGGAGCUGAGGUUUCGAGCUCUAAGAAGCCUUUUCUCUUGAAGAGUGGCUUGAACCAUGUCACAAAUCUUGUUGAAUACAAGAAAGCAAAGUUGGUUGUUAUUGCUCACGAUGUCGAUCCCUUGGAACUAGUGCUUUGGCUUCCUGCCUUAUGUAGAAAGAAGGAGGUUCCCUACUGCAUUAUCAAGGGAAAGAGUAGGUUGGGUAAGCUUGUUCAUCAGAAGACUGCCUCGGUUGUCGCAAUAGACAGUGUAAGAAAGGAGGAUCAGGCUGAAUUUGACACUAUGGUUAAGACCUUUACCGCCAUGUUUAAUGAUAAUGUGGACUUGAGAAGGAGAUGGGGAGGACACAUUAUGGGUAUUAAAUCCCAGCAUCUACAGGCUAAAAAGGAGGCUUUGAUCGCUAUGGAAAAUGCCAAGAAAUUGGGGCUUGCUUAUAAGUAAAGUUUUGUAACAUC